GUUUUCUCCGUCGCUUGAAAUUCGAAUACCGAUUCCUUCUGAACCUUAUGCUAUUGACCAGUGGGUUGCGCUUCCUCUCUCCACAGCUUUCCCUCUCCUUUCUCUUUCGCCCUCGCCGGCAUCUCCGUCUCACCCUUUCCGGUGUCUCCUCAGCAAUGCAGAGCAGCUCGUCUACUACCCUCGCUUUGUACGGCAAGUCUUCUGCAGAAGCUGAAAUUGCCCAAUUACUGAAACAAAACGAAGCUAUUAAGCUCCCCGACAACACCCAAGUUUCGAUCUUGUUACAGUCGGAGGUUACUAAGAAACCAUUGGAAGAAGAGGAAGAGGCCUUCGAUGCCCAGUUGUUCAUGAAAUCUCUCUCCACGAAUCAGUUUGGUCGGUUCCUUAUCUGGUCUCCGCGGCUACCAUCUACCCACGACAUCGUCUCUCAUAAUUUUUCUGAGCUUCCUCUUGGGACAGUUUGUGUUGCUGAUGUUCAGUUCAAAGGGCGAGGUAUAGACUUUUGUUGCACUGUUUUCAGCUGUAUGCUUAGGUCGGUCCAAGAAUGUAUGGAAAUCUCCAAGAGGAUGCCUUAUGUUUUCUUUUACGAUGCAAAUGGAGGAUGGAAGAACUGUGCCUCUGGUUCAAUAUGUGGUGUCUCUGGCUAUCACGGAGGCAAUAAAAGAUGUCUGUGACAAGAAUGGCUUUCCCCCUAUCAAUAUUAGAAUCAAGUGGCCAAAUGAUUUAUAUUUUAAUGGACUGAAAGUUGGAGGCAUCUUAUCGACAUCAACAUAUAGAUCAAAGUUCAAUGUUAGUUCAGGUAUAGGUUUGAAUGUUGAUAAUGAGAAGCCUACAACAUGUUUGAAUGCAAUACUAAAAGAAUUGUCUGCUGGUGCUGCUUGUGCUAACCAGUUUAGAAGAGAAGAUAUCAUGGCUGCCUUCUUUAAUAGAUUUGAGAGGUUUUAUGACCUUUUUAUAAAUCAAGGAUUUCAUGCACUUGAGGAGCUUUAUUACCAAACAUGGCUGCACAGGUCAUGUGCUUCUUUCUUUUGUAAUUUUUUAAAACCAUUUUCAUCUAAGGCUUAUAUGCACAUAUUCUAUUAUGAACUUUUGUUGUUCAUUUUACUGAUUAUGGAGCCAGGGUCCUUGUAUAAAUCAGGUCUGCAGAUGGCACAUUAGAUGCAAUAUAUCUUUUGCAAUCUU